AUGAGGACUGACUUAGUCUUUUGCAAAUCAAAAGUUUUUGUCCACCCUACGAAGAAUGCUCGUGAUAAUUUUCCAGGGUUCCUAUUAAUAACGGUGGCAGGUACCACAGAUCCACAACUACUAUGGAUUCCUGAAUCCUCACUGUCUGUGAAGCAAUUACAAUUGUUGAUUGAGAUGGAUGAAAAGCUAAUCACUGAGCAGAAGCCAGUGGAAAUGGAUGUGAGCAUCAUAAUGGAGUCUAGUGGUGCGUUUUCAUCUUUCAGAGUUUCAUUACCCAGUCUAUAUUGCAUUGAAUUCAGGCCACCAAGCCCAUCUGGAUGGUGGUAUGGUUCUAUGAUAUCACAUUUAAAGGAUACUAGGGGUGAUUCAACUCUGCCAGUAUUAUUCUUUCACGAUGACGUUUGUCCAUCGACUCUCAAAAAGAAGAAGCAACUGAAUAAAUCAUUCGAUCCAUUCACCAGUUCUGGUGAUGUAUACUGGGGUGGCAUUGAUGUAAGAGAUACCGUGGCCAAAUUGGUUGAUUUACAAAAGACGAAAGUCGAUCAGACAGUAUGGUUAGUCAACCCUUCCCUAGAUGAUUUGAGGAACUUUUCAGCAAGUGCUUUGAAAAGUACAACUGAUCAAGAGAACAAAUCAACCGAACCUAUUUCCACGGGAGACGAUUUUUGGAACAAGUGGGAGUCAGCAAAAUGGUCUAUUAUGUCACAUAUUGCCAAUGCCACCUCCAAAUCUAGUACAAUUAUGACGAAUCUUAUUAAAAGCCAUCCUGUGGUACAACUAGUAGAAAGGAACAAGAACAGUUUUUAUGUUCAAAAACUACUGAAGAAUCCAAGAGUUAUUGAAAUUCAGGAUGAUUUUGAUUCUGCAAGAGUUUAUUUGGCUAAAUGGGCUCUUGGAGUGAAGGAAGAAGCUGACAAUUAUCAAUCAAUGCAUAGGUUAAAUGAACAUUAUCAAAGAAUUUUAAAAAAUGAUUUAGGUUUUGAUAUGACUUCUGAUGUUAGUUUUACUCAAGAAGAAUUAAAUAAGGCCAUGGAAAGGAACUUCCCGUUAAAUAGGCAGAAGUGGAACUCAUUUUUUGAUUCCCAAGGUAGACUGUCAUUAACGGUCAAUGAGAUUAAAGAUUAUAUUUUCCAUGGCGGAAUAUCUGAUAUGGAGUUGAGAAAAGAAGUGUGGUUAUUCUUGAUGGGUGUUUAUCCAUGGGAUUCUUCGGCAGACGAAAGAAUACAAAUUCAACAGAGUUUAAAGGAAUCUUAUAAUGAAUACAAAAAUAAAUGGCUACUCAAGAUAACCAGUUUUGAUGAUGAGGACGAUGAAUCAGAACAAGAAUAUUGGGAUGAUCAAAUCUUUAGAAUUGAAAAAGAUGUAAAGAGAAAUGACAGAAAUUUAGAUAUCUAUAAAUGGAACACCCCUGAUGGAAAGAAGCCAGAAGAUGAUAAUGAGGAAGCUGGUUCUGAUACAUCUGAAGCUGAACACUGGAAAAUCAAAAAUCCAAAUUUGAUUGCCUUGAAGAAUAUUUUAGUUACAUUCAAUGUCUUCAAUUCGGAUUUAGGAUAUGUACAGGGCAUGACAGAUCUUUUAUCACCAAUUUAUUAUAUUCUAAGAGAUGAAACGAUGGCCUACUGGUGUUUUGUCAAAUUUAUGGAGCGGAUGGAACGGAAUUUUUUGAGGGAUCAAUCUGGCAUAAGAGAUCAAAUGUUAACCAUGGUGGAACUAUGUCAGCUGAUGUUACCAAAGUUGAGUGAACAUUUAUCUAAAUGUGAUUCAUCCAAUCUCUUUUUCUGUUUCAGGAUGCUAUUGGUGUGGUUCAAGCGAGAAUUCGAUUUUGAAGAUGUUUGUUCUAUUUGGGAAAUCUUCUUUACAGAUUUCUACUCGUCCCAAUUCCAGUUGUUUUUCAUGUUAGCUAUCUUACAAAAGAAUUGUGACCCUGUUAUUCAGAAUCUGAAUCAAUUUGAUCAAGUUUUGAAAUAUUUUAAUGAUAUGCAUAGUACAAUGAAUUGGAAAGAUCUCAUGAUCAGAAGUGAGCUACUGUUUAUUCGAUUCGAGAAACUGAUGACAAUCAUGGAAAGAAAAUCAGAGUUCAUACCGAGUCACGAGGAGACAUACACUUCAGGUGCCAAUAUCCAUCAGCAGGAAUUAGGAGACCCAACAUCAGAGCUGCCAUGGAAAAGCAAACGUUUGCAGCUACUUCUCUCUAAAUCCAUGAUUAUUCAAAAGGAGGCUCCAAGAACAAGGGGCUCAAUUAGAUAA